CUUUAUGACCGGCUGGGCUCAAAGAUAAAAGGAAGGAGAAAGCGGCGGCAGCGGGGAAGUCACCGCUGCAGCAGUUCGGAAAGACACUUUUGAUACAUUUCUGAGCGCUGCGGCCCGAUUCUCCACCGAAGUUGGCUCCAGCUCUAGCAGCCGCAUUGGAUCCCACAGCUUACUGCGAGACUCCGGUGUACAAUCCGGAUCUCUGCCCCAACAUGAUCGCGGCUCAGGCCAAGCUGGUUUACCAUCUGAAUAAGUACUACAAUGAAAAAUGCCAAGCCAGGAAAGCUGCCAUUGCCAAAACUAUCCGGGAAGUCUGCAAAGUAGUUUCCGAUGUGCUGAAGGAAGUGGAAGUGCAGGAACCCCGGUUCAUCAGCUCUCUCAACGAGAUGGACAAUCGCUACGAGGGUCUCGAAGUCAUCUCUCCCACCGAGUUUGAAGUGGUGCUUUAUCUUAACCAAAUGGGGGUGUUCAACUUCGUGGACGACGGCUCGCUGCCGGGCUGCGCGGUGCUGAAGUUGAGCGACGGGCGCAAGAGAAGCAUGUCUCUCUGGGUGGAAUUCAUUACUGCCUCUGGCUACCUCUCGGCGCGCAAAAUCCGGUCCAGGUUUCAGACGCUAGUGGCUCAAGCAGUGGAUAAAUGUAGCUACAGGGAUGUGGUAAAGAUGGUCGCUGACACCAGCGAAGUGAAACUGAGAAUCCGAGAUAGGUACGUGGUGCAGAUCACCCCGGCUUUUAAAUGCACCGGGAUCUGGCCAAGGAGUGCUGCCCACUGGCCACUUCCCCACAUCCCCUGGCCAGGACCCAACCGAGUGGCAGAGGUCAAAGCGGAAGGUUUCAAUCUCUUGUCCAAGGAGUGCCACUCCCUGGCCGGCAAGCAGAGCUCUGCUGAGAGUGACGCCUGGGUGCUGCAGUUCGCAGAAGCAGAGAAUAGACUGCAGAUGGGGGGCUGCAGAAAGAAAUGCCUCUCCAUUCUCAAAACCUUGCGGGAUCGUCACCUGGAGCUGCCGGGGCAGCCCCUGAACAAUUACCACAUGAAGACUUUGGUUUCCUACGAGUGUGAAAAGCAUCCCCGGGAGUCGGACUGGGACGAAUCUUGCCUGGGUGAUCGGCUGAACGGGAUUUUGCUGCAACUCAUCUCCUGCCUGCAGUGCCGGCGGUGUCCCCACUAUUUCCUACCAAACUUAGAUCUGUUUCAAGGCAAACCUCACUCAGCUCUGGAAAAUGCUGCAAAACAAACGUGGCGACUGGCAAGAGAGAUCCUGACCAACCCUAAAAGUUUGGAAAAACUUUAAAGGAUGAUCUAGUUAAGAGCCGGAAUAAUUUCUCUUCUCAAAGUCCUA